UAAUUUCGGCGCACAGACUCUGCUUGUGGCUUGUGGGCUUAGCUGCCCGGUGGUGUGUGGAACUGUAGUUCCCUGACCAGGGAUCAAACCCGUGUCCCCUGGGGUCCGUGGGCAGUUCUGAGGUGAACCCAGCGGUCAGUCUCCAGGCGGGCAGUGAAGCACAGGUGCCGUGAAGCCUGUGUGUGCUCGUCCGUGGCCGCGCCUCGCAGCUGGGGAGCGGGAUCCCGCGGCCUCCAGCGCUGGGGGCUCAGCUCCCUAGGGCAGCCCGGCUCCUUGCAGGCCCCGGGAGCUGCCGGGUCUCCCUCAAGCUGAGGGAAGAAGUCAGGCUCGGUCGUCUCUGACAUCAGCAAGGGGAGCCGAGAGCUGGGGGCUGGGCCAGGCCGUAGGGAGCGCUGGGGGAUCCUAGCCGGGCAGCUGUGGUCACACGAAUGGACACGUGUGCACAGAAAAGCGGCAACUUUACUGCACGUGGGGGAACAGCCUGACCCUCCCCCUCCUGCCUUCCGGCCUUUGCGCGGGUUGAGUCCUGGGCCUCAGGCCUUUGCAGUCACCUGACUCUGACCUGCCCUUCGCCCAGUCCUGGCGCCAUCCUCUGCUGGGGAAGGGUGGGGUCAGAGGGCAAAGUCCGAGCAGCUCCCAGGAGGGACCCCUCUGGGCAGGGCCGGGUGGUGACCCUGAGUGGGGGCAGGCAGCAGGGGCCGUCACCUGCCGGGUGGUGGCCAGGCUGGGGGGGCGGCGACGGGGGUGGGGCGGCAGCAGGUGGACAGCGCCAGGCGGGCGCCCGGGAGCCAGCAGCCGGUCCAGCUCCCUCCUCACAGCCUCCCGCUGCUCAUCGACAGCCCAGGCACCCCGGCUCUACAGCGUGGUCCUUGGCCCUGCCCGUUGACCAGCAGGAGUGGGCCACCUGAGCCCUGGGGAGGACAAGGGGCACUCCAGCCAGCGGAGUCGGGGUGCCCCCGUGGCCCCACGGGUGCCAGUCCUGCCCCCCAGCAUGGGGCUGACCUGGAAGCAGCGGGUCUUCACGGCUCUGCUGGGCGCCGCAGCGGUCUCAGGCCUCACCGCGCUGCUUCUCGUCCUGGUGGGGACCAUCAAUGUCCUCCUGCCUCCAGACACCAAGUUUGGGAUCGUGUUCGACGCUGGAUCCUCCCACACGUCCCUCUUUGUGUAUCAGUGGCCGGCCAACAAGGAGAACGACACCGGCAUAGUCAGCCAGGCCCUGGCCUGCCAGGCAGAAGGGCCUGGAAUCUCUUCUUACGCCUCCGACCCUGCGCGGGUCGGCGAGAGCCUGCAGGGCUGCCUGGAGGAGGCGCUAGCGCUGAUCCCAAAGGCCAAGCAUUAUGAGACACCCAUGUUCCUGGGGGCCACUGCCGGCAUGCGGCUGCUCAGCCGCAAGAAUCGCUCGCAGGCGGAGGACGUGUUCGCCGCGGUCAGCCGGGCCCUGGGCCAGUCACCGGUGGACUUCCGGGGCGCAGAGCUCCUGACGGGGCAGGACGAAGGCGCCUUUGGUUGGAUCACCAUCAACUACGUCCUUGGCCUGCUGGUGAAGUACUCCUUCUCUGGAGAGUGGAUCCAGCCUCUGGAGGAGACGCUGGUGGGCGCCCUGGACAUGGGUGGGGCCUCCACCCAGAUUACCUUUGUACCUGGAGGCCCCAUCCUGGACAAGACCACCCAGGCCACCUUCCGCCUCUACAGUGCCAACCACACCGUCUACACCCACAGCUACCUCUGCUUUGGGCGCGACCAGGCGCUGAGCAGGCUGCUGGCCGAGCUGGUGCAGGCCAGCCCGGGCCUCCUGGUCCGUCACCCCUGCUACCACAGCGGCUACCGGGGCACGCUGGCCCUGGCGUCCCUGUAUGAGUCGCCCUGCACCCCGGCAGCGCCCCCGGACCUCAGCCAGAACGUCACCGUGGAGGGCACGGGGAACCCCGGGGCCUGCAUCGAGGCCCUCCGGAAGCUCUUCAAUUUCUCCAGCUGUGACGGCCGAGAAGACUGUGCCUUCGCCGGGGUCUACCAGCCCCCCGUGCAGGGCCAGUUCUACGCUUUCUCCAACUUCUACUACACCUUCCACUUCCUGAACCUCACCUCCAAGCCGUCACUGAGCGGGGCCAACGCCACCAUCUGGGAGUUCUGCCUGCGGCCCUGGAAGCUGGUGGAGGCGAGCGCGCCCCCGGGCCAGGACCGCUGGCUGCGGGACUACUGUGCCUCGGGCCUAUACAUCCUCACGCUCCUGGUCGAGGGCUACGGGUUCAGUGAGGAGACCUGGGGAGGCAUCGAAUUCCGCCAGCAGGCCGGCGGCGCUGACAUCGGCUGGACGCUGGGCUACAUGCUGAACCUGACCAACCUGAUCCCGGCCGAGGCGCCCGCCCAGGGUUGGGCACAGAGCUUCGGCGUCUGGGCGGCCGGGGUCGUCUUCGUGGUGCUGACGCUCGCAGCCACGCUGGGGGCCGUGGCGGUGCAGGUCUUCUGGCUCCAGGACUAGGCCUGCGGCCCCUGCUGCCGCCGAGGCCCAGCGCCCUCCCCAUCAGGAGCCUUGGCCUUCGUCGUGGGGGCUCCGGCCGGCCACCAGACGGCCCCCUUCUGCCCCCGGGGUCGCCCUGGCUGUGGAGGCCCCGACCACCGCCCCUGGCUCCCAGCACCCCAGCCUGUUUCCCGGGACCCUCUGCACAGAAGCCAGGCUGUUGGGACCCGAGCGGCACCUGGACUGGUGGCGGCAGGCUGACGGGUGUAGGGCCGGCUCCGGCCUGGGGUGGGGGUGCCUGCUGGAGCCAGAGCAGCUGGCUCUUUGGGAGGGGUUGGCCGUGGGCCAUGGGGUCUCUGGUAGAGCCGGUGUCCAGCUCCGUGGGGUUCUCCCGAGCAGCCCACCCGCACCCCUGGAAGCCCAGUCAGGCCAAGACAGGUCACGUGUGGGAGGCAGAUGCUUUUAUUAAACCCUCCCCGCCACA